AUGGCAUCUAACGCUCGCAUUCUGCGUCUCUCUCGCUCCACGCCAUCAUUUAACAAUACCGGACGACUUCGGUUCCAGCCCGCACGCCGAUACGCCUCGACAAUUCCUCCUUCUUCCGAAACUCCAGUGCAAUCUUCUAUUCUUAGCCCAGGCGCACGCGUCUUCCUCUACUCGGCAGCAACAGCCGUAACCGCCUACGCAACAUACCUAUACGCGACCGACACCCGCGCCAACCUCGUGCACCGGUACAUCGUCCCACCGUUGCUGCGUACCCUUGUCCCUGACGCCGAGGAUGCACACCACUUUGGCACCGCGGCCAUGAAGGCCAUGUUCAACAUGGGAUUGCACAUCCGCGAUCGCACCGUCGCCACGGACGAGCCGAUCCUAGGCGUCACCGUCUUCGGCCGAAGGCUAUCCAACCCCGUCGGCAUCAGCGCUGGCCUGGAUAAGGAUGCCCAGAUCCCUGACGCUCUCUUCGCCGUUGGUCCGGCUGUCGUCGAGGUCGGCGGCAUCACCCCGCACCCGCAAAGUGGCAACCCGAAGCCCCGCGUCUUCCGUGUCCCCACGCUUGAGGGCAUGGUCAACCGCUACGGGCUCAACAGCGCAGGCGCCGACGCCGUCGCCCGUACGCUCCGCGCCCGUCUGCGGUCCUUUGCACGCGAAAAUGGCCUGACCGAGGCCGACGUGUUGGAGGGCCGCGCGGGCGUCCCUGUCGGCUCCCUGGCCCCCGGCAGGCUGCUGUGCGUGCAGGUGGCCAAGGCCAAGGAGACGGACGAGGCGGACAUUGAGGCUGUGGCGAGGGACUACACGCGAUGCGUCGAGCGGCUCGCCCCCUACGCCGACGUGCUCGUCGUCAACGUCAGCAGCCCCAACACCCCCGGCCUUCGGGACCUGCAGCGCUCGGGCCCGCUGGCCAGCAUUCUGUCGGCUGUUGUGGGCGAGGCCAAGGCCGCCGCCGCUCGGUGCGGGAGGGCGGCCGACCCACCUCGGGUCAUGGUGAAGGUCUCUCCCGACGAGGACUCCGACGCCCAGGUCGAGGGCGUAGUGGAGGCCGUCUGGGGGAGCGGCGUCGACGGGGUCAUCGUUGGCAACACAACUAAGCGCCGCGACGUCAUCCCGCCCCGCGUCCUGCUUUCCGGCAAGGAGGUCGAGAACCUGCACGAGACGGGCGGUUUCUCAGGUCCUGCCCUGUUCGACCGGACCGUGGCGCUAGUGGCCAAGUACCGCAAGGCACUGGACGGGCAUUCGUUUAGCGCCGGAGGAGCCGGUCGUCCUGCAGCGGCGGCGGUCGAGGCGGGUGCCAAUCUGGAGGAGGUAUCCGCCCAGGCUGGAGCUGCGGCUGUUGUUGUCCCGCCGCCGACCAAGAAGGAGCGGGAUGAGCAAAAGGUAAUUUUUGCCACGGGUGGUAUCACGAACGGGGAGCAGGCCUUGGCGGUGCUGAAUGCGGGCGCCAGCGUGGCAAUGAUUUACACGGGGAUGGUGUACGGUGGUAUCGGGACGGUCACGAGGAUAAAGAGCGAGAUGAAGAAGCAGCUGACGCAGAGCUGA